AUGGUUAGGACACGAGGUAAUUUAUCUAGACGCGGUUCACACGAUGCACCCGAGUGUUCUACACAGGGUGCUGCACGGAGGAGACUGACUGCUUCAGCUCGUAGAAGGAGUCAGCACGAGGCUGAUGUUGUUCAGGAUGAUGUCGCUGAGCAUGAGGUUUCCGAUGUUCCUCAUGAUAAGGAUCAAGAGAUUGAUAACGAUGGUGCAAGAUUUCCAGGUGGUCCCUCUGAUACAUCUUUAUUGACUCGGUACCAGGAUCAUUUUGCACGGAUCAUAUGGGAUGAUCAGGAUCGAGUUGUGAAAGUAGUCUCCCAUAUUAAAAAAGGGAAAAAAUUAGGACCUCUUCACUCUUCCGUUCUCCCCUUUGUGGUAGCUUCUGGAUUAUCGCCUCUAUGCGAUAUUUUAUAUCAAUAUCCUGAUGUUGGAUUAAUAUUGGGUUUCGUGGAGGGAUGGCAUCCCGAGACUAAUACUUUUCAUCUACCAAUUGAUUUAGUUGAGAUUUUGUUGACACUUCUUGGUGUUGAUUGGACCAUGGCUUGCAAUGAGUUGAAUCAAAGUCGUGGUGGACAGCUAGAAGAUGCCAGCUUUGCCAAUAUAAAGCAAUUAGCUGGAUAUCUACCUCUUCUACAGCACUUCCCUAUAUUGGGAAGGAAGCAAUUACGAGAUACAUAUGUGGAGACCAAACCCCGUGCCAGAUGUUAUAUCACUGGACGUGCUACUUUUGCUAUAGCUUAUGUUAGAGUCCAAUUGGAUGCCUUGACAUAUGAUGUGGUGAUUUGGAACCCAUAUGGAGCACAUAGGGCUGGUCGACCACUUGUUGUAUCUGGCAUGUUUUCUGGCUUCCUCAGGCUUGGUAUCCUCGUACACCGUCAUUUGCUGGAGCGUGUGCUACAACAAUUUGGCUUCAUGCAGCCUAUUCCACGACCGCCGACUUCGCUUCCCAUGUUGGACUUUACGACUAUUGAUGAUCGGUGGAGAGACCACGAUCAGUUUGUCGUAGAUCAGGUGGUCCACGCGCCAACUCCUUUUUCAUGUUCAGAUGAAUAUUUGUAG